AAACAGCCGCGAGAGCAGCGGCCGCGGCGGCCGCCAGCGCGCCUUCCCCUCCCGCGCUCCCGCGUCGCCCCCGCCCUCGGCGCCUCGUACCCGGGCCGCGCGCCCGCGCUCCGGCCAACGUUCUCUCCCGGCCUCCCGGGCCCGCCGCCCACUCCCGCGUCUCCGAGCUCCUCAACCGCCGCGGUCUCCCUGGGCGCGCGGCCCGCCGCCUGCUUCCGGGGCGGGCGGACUGGGCGCCUGGUGCCGGCGGCCGCAGCGACAGCGCCCCCGGGAAGCAGAGGAGGAAGGAGAGAAGAGGUGGAGGUGGCCGCAGGCUGAGUCGCGGCCGGGAUGUCCGGGCAGCCGCCGCCGCCGCAGCAGCAACAGCAGCAGCAGCUGUCGCCGCCACCGCCGGCGGCCUUGGCCCCAGUCUCCGGAGUCGUCCUGCCGGCGCCCCCGGCCGUCAGCGCCGGCUCCUCUCCGGCCGGCUCGCCCGGCGGCGGUGCGGGCGGCGAAGGCUUAGGGGCCGCGGCGGCCGCCCUGCUCCUCCAUCCUCCGCCGCCGCCGCCCCCGGCCACCGCGGCCCCGCCGCCCCCGCCGCCGCCCCCGCCUCCCCCUGCCUCAGCGGCCGCCCCCGCCAGCGGGCCGCCCGCUCCCCCGGGCCUUGCAGCGGGCCCCGGCCCGGCCGGAGGAGCCCCGACCCCAGCUCUGGUGGCGGGCAGCAGCGCCGCGGCCCCCUUCCCUCACGGGGACUCGGCCCUGAACGAGCAGGAGAAGGAGUUGCAGCGGCGGCUGAAGCGCCUCUACCCGGCCGUGGACGAACAAGAGACGCCGCUGCCUCGGUCCUGGAGCCCGAAGGACAAGUUCAGCUACAUCGGCCUCUCUCAGAACAACCUGCGGGUGCACUACAAAGGUCAUGGCAAAACCCCAAAAGAUGCCGCGUCAGUUCGAGCCACACAUCCAAUACCAGCAGCCUGUGGGAUUUAUUAUUUUGAAGUAAAAAUUGUCAGUAAGGGAAGAGAUGGUUACAUGGGAAUUGGUCUUUCUGCUCAAGGUGUGAACAUGAAUAGACUACCAGGUUGGGAUAAGCAUUCAUAUGGUUACCAUGGGGAUGAUGGACAUUCGUUUUGUUCUUCCGGAACUGGACAACCUUAUGGACCAACUUUCACUACUGGUGAUGUCAUUGGCUGUUGUGUUAAUCUUAUCAACAAUACCUGCUUUUACACCAAGAAUGGACAUAGUUUAGGUAUUGCUUUCACUGACCUACCGCCAAAUUUGUAUCCUACUGUGGGGCUUCAAACACCAGGAGAAGUGGUCGAUGCCAAUUUUGGGCAACAUCCUUUCGUGUUUGAUAUAGAAGACUAUAUGCGGGAGUGGAGAACCAAAAUCCAGGCACAGAUAGAUCGAUUUCCUAUCGGAGAUCGAGAAGGAGAAUGGCAGACCAUGAUACAAAAAAUGGUUUCAUCUUAUUUAGUCCACCAUGGGUACUGUGCCACAGCAGAGGCCUUUGCCAGAUCUACAGACCAGACCGUUCUAGAAGAAUUAGCUUCCAUUAAGAAUAGACAAAGAAUUCAGAAAUUGGUAUUAGCAGGAAGAAUGGGAGAAGCCAUUGAAACAACACAACAGUUAUACCCAAGUUUACUUGAAAGAAAUCCUAAUCUCCUUUUCACAUUAAAAGUGCGUCAGUUUAUAGAAAUGGUGAAUGGUACAGAUAGUGAAGUACGAUGUUUGGGAGGCCGAAGUCCAAAGUCUCAAGACAGUUAUCCUGUUAGUCCUCGACCUUUUAGUAGUCCAAGUAUGAGCCCCAGCCAUGGAAUGAAUAUCCACAAUUUAGCAUCAGGCAAAGGAAGCACCGCACAUUUUUCAGGUUUUGAAAGUUGUAGUAAUGGUGUAAUAUCAAAUAAAGCACAUCAAUCGUAUUGCCAUAGUAAUAAACACCAGUCAUCCAACUUGAAUGUACCAGAACUAAACAGUAUAAAUAUGUCAAGAUCACAGCAAGUUAAUAACUUCACCAGUAAUGAUGUAGACAUGGAAACAGAUCACUACUCCAAUGGAGUUGGAGAAACUUCAUCCAAUGGUUUCCUAAAUGGUAGCUCUAAGCAUGACCACGAAAUGGAAGAUUGUGACACCGAAAUGGAAGUUGAUUCAAGUCAGUUGAGACGCCAGUUGUGUGGAGGAAGUCAGGCCGCCAUAGAAAGAAUGAUCCACUUUGGACGAGAGCUGCAAGCAAUGAGUGAACAGCUAAGGAGAGACUGUGGCAAGAACACUGCAAACAAAAAAAUGUUGAAGGAUGCAUUCAGUUUACUAGCAUAUUCAGAUCCCUGGAACAGCCCAGUUGGAAAUCAGCUUGACCCGAUUCAGAGAGAACCUGUGUGCUCAGCUCUUAACAGUGCAAUAUUAGAAACCCACAAUCUGCCAAAGCAACCUCCACUUGCCCUAGCAAUGGGACAGGCCACACAAUGUCUAGGACUGAUGGCUCGAUCAGGAAUUGGAUCCUGCGCAUUUGCCACAGUGGAAGACUACCUACAUUAGCUAUGCAUUUCAAGAGCUCACACUUAUAUUGUGGCAUAUAGUCAACACGGAAGUAGACCAGCUCUGCUGAUUUGAAAUUUAGAUUUUUUAAAUUAUGUACUGGGGACAGGUUUUUGUCGCUUUACAUUGCUUCCUAGUUUACAGCAUGAUGCAAAUGAUUUUCUAACUUAGUGUUAGGAGAAAUUAUUUUCCAUCUUUAACCUCUUAGUUGUCUAAGAGUUAAAUAUUACUGAAUUUCAGACGUUCAAAUUGAUCAUCACAAAUCCUUUAAAACAAUUACCUAAAAGAAACCAAAAAUCCUGCCUUCUUUGUGGGGGAGGGGGGACAGAGGGGAAGGAAAUGGAACAAGUUGUGUUUGUGUUAGCAUGUGGGUGAUGUAAACUUAAAUUGGGAGAUGUUCCGACCCCCACUCCCAUAUAAGCAUUCAAUCAGUGUAACUUGCAAAAUGCAUAAACAUCCGACAGUUUGAAUUUAUAGUGUUGAUGGAAGAAAUCAUUUUUAAUGUGUACUGUAAAACUUGAAAUACUCAGGAGCUGAGUGAAUAUGUUUGUUGCUACUUACAAUCCCGACCUGUUAGUCCCAGUAGUUUUGUUUUAACAUGGUCUUUUACAACUUUGUUUCCUGUUUAACUACAGAUGACUUCUGUUGUAGACUCACAAGUUUAACUGUUGUAUUAUAACAGUAUUACAUGUCAACGGUGUGGUUAUGACCUUUAUUUAUAUAAAAACCAAAUAUUUAGUCAAUUUACCGUGUCUUAAUUUAAUCUUUGUACACCUUCCAUUUUUAAGUGCUUAAAUGAGUACUAUAUUGCAAUAAAAUGUAGUGAUAUAAUUAACCAGCCAUUAAAAAUUUACUUCUACAGA